AGAGAGAGAGAGAGAGAUUUCAAAUUAUUAUUGCAACUCUGUCCACUGUGAGCCCAGGAGGUGUUUGUGUGCAGAAACUAAAGCUGGAUUCAUACUGAGGACAUGGGAGUCACCCAUGGAAAGAAGAGAGAUCUCCAACAUUCUACAGAGACACACCUGAACGGGUCUGGUGAGAAAUCCUCAGUAAUGCAGACACACCAAAUUGAACAGCAAGACCGACACUCGAAGCCUCAGGCUCCUCCAUCCCAACUACAGAGUGUGGAGGAGAGCAGUAAUCUCAUCAGACCGCAAAAACCUCUCAAUCCUGUAACGGCCUCCAAGAGCCACCAGGAGCUCCACAAAGAACUGCGGAUGACCCACAAGAGAAGAGUGUCUCAAGAAGGAAAGACUGAACUCCAGAAGGCUUUAGAAAAGAGGAAAUGGGAACAAAGGAUGAAGGCGAGCAGGGAUCAGGAAGAGGCAAAGAAGAACAGAUCACCACUUCAUCAGGAACUGUUGAAAAGACAUCAGAGGCUAGAAAAGCUCGAGAGAGACAAAGGACAACAGCGAGAGGGGCCAGAGUUCCUCCGAGUCAAAGAGAGGCUGAGAAGAACUGCAGUGUUAGAUGUAGGAGGAAAAGAAGUGUGACAAUUAUGAUUUGUGAUUGUAUGUGCAUGUUUUGUGUCAGCACAAUGGACCGUUGGUAAUAAAUGAUUGGGUGGAGAGACUGAUCUUAUGAGGGCUUUAAAAAAAACACAAAAAAACAAAAAACUGCACAACAAAUAGAUAUUCAGCAGUCAUAAUGAAAACAACAAUCAGAUAAUGUGAAGUAAGACAUUUAGCAGCCAAUCAUCCCAGUGAUUAGCUGAGCAAAGGUGCAAGAGAUUAAAGGAGCAGUGAGUAUUUUCUGUUAGAAAUCAAAGUGUGCAUGUAUGAAAAAUAUAUUAAUGAUUCAGCUUGAGUUACACCAUAAAGUCUACAUGGCUGAAUUAGACUGCUGGGUCAUGAUAUAGACAGUGAUCUCAGCUGAAUGUGUCUUGGAUGAUUUAUACAGCAGCUGUACAUGUAUCAUGCCCCCAUUCUAUUUUCUUCCUUAACAAUGCAAACAGAAUUCACACCGUAAUAAGUGUUACUAUUUUAUUACAUAUUUUCUAUGUGUCUGUAAUUAUAUGUCUUGCUACUGUUUCCACAGUACUCAACAAGACACAUAUUCUUUCUAAUCAGGAGUGACAAAUUUACUGCAUAAUUUUGGGUCAAUGUCAUUGUUUAAUACAUCCAUGUUAGGUCUGUUUUAUGUUGUUGGGAAGUGUAGUAUCAUUGGUAUAUUGUACUAAUCAGGUAUGUUUGUCUGAUGUCAACACUGAGCAAAUGUAAUUCUGAGAAAACUAUUGUGUCCUUUGUGUGACCUUCAAUAUUUUUUCCAUUUAAAAACAAUAUUCAACAACAUGAAAUUGAUAUGUUGAAAUAUUUUAUAAUGACAAAUUAGUGUAUUUCCACAGUGAUGAAACAUGUGGGCAAAGUGAAAAACAGUAAAAAGUCACAAACACCAGGUUCUUGUGAACAUUUAUUUGUUUAUGAAUGACGGGAGGUGAGGAUUUCGUUUAGAAAAUAAUAGAACAUAAAUCUUCGUAUGAAUAAUAAUUAUCAGUAUACCGUGUAUACCCGAAGAAUAAAGCUGAUAUUUAUCUUUAA